AUGCACACAAAAGAAAAGGAGCCCUAUCAUGGAGGGGAGAGGCGAAGAUACUCAUCUAGAAGUCGUGAAAAUGUAAGAGACCGAAGUGGGGGUCGUGAAAAUGUAAGAGAUCGAAGUGGGGGUCGUGAAAAUGUAAGAGAUCGAAGUGGGGGUCGUGAAAAUUAUAGAAGAUCACAUGAUGAUAAUUAUAAUAAAAGGCAUGAAGGUGGGAAUAUGGAUAGAAAUAGAAAUUAUUCAAAGGAUAGAAAAUAUUAUAAUAAUGGGCCUCCACAUAAUGACCAUCAUAAUUAUCCUCGUGAUCGGUUUUAUAAUAGAUCACCUAAAAGAAAUUUUUCAAAAGAAAGAAAUAAUGACAAAUAUAGAUAUGACAGAGGACACAAUCAUGAAUGGAAUAAUAAUCAUCAUGGUGGUAAUUAUUAUAAUAAUAGUUAUAGAGGUCGAAAUGAUAGAAUGGAUAUAAAAAGAUAUUCUAUGGAUCGAGAUAGAGGAAGACCACAUUAUGAUAAUUAUCAUAAUAAUAUGAACACUGGAAUGAUGAGAAGAGAAAGAUCAAAAGAAAUGAGAAGUCAUGCUUAUAAAAAAGGAGAUCCAUGUAAAAUAUUUGUAGGAAAUAUAUCUCCUGAUGCAAGAGAAGAAGAAGUAAGAAGAAAAUUUGCUAAAUAUGGUGAUAUUAUAAAUAUACAAUGGAAAAGAAGAUUUGCAUUUAUAGAAUAUUCAAAACCAAUAUAUGCAGAAAAUGCAAUACAUGAAGAAGAUGGGAAACAUUAUAUGGGAGAAGAGUUAAGUGUACAAGCACAUCAUUUAAGUCCAUUUAAAAAUAGUUAUAGUGGUAGUUAUGGUAAUGGGUAUAAUAAUUAUAAAGGUGAUCCAAGAAAUCAUGAACAUAGAUAUUCCCGAAAUUAUUCAGAUAAUAAAUUUGAAUCUAUUGAAAAAAAAAAUUCAUUAAGAAUUGUAGUAAAAAAUAUAGAUGAAAAAGUGAGUUGGCAAGAUUUAAAAGAUUUUGGUCGAGAAGUUGGAUCAGUAAAUUAUGCAAAUGUUAUAUAUAACCAUAAUGGUAAUAAUAAAGAAUGGUAUGGUAUAAUAGAAUAUUAUAAUUAUGAAACAAUGAAAAGAGCAAUUGAAGUUUUAAAUGGAAAAAAAAUCAAUGGUGUUCCUGUUGAAGUUAUUAAAUAUACAGAUUCAUCAGUUAGUUCAUUUUAUAAAAAUAAAGAAAGAGGAUAUAAUUAUCAGGGCUCUGGAGGAGAUAAAAAAUAUUAUGACUAUGACAGGGAUAAAAUGCAUCGUGAUGAUAGAAGGGAAUAUAACAGACGUAGUAAUAGUGGUAGCUAUCAUAGAGAAAAUGGUGAAGGAAAUUAUACAAGAAAAAGGCCAAAUAAUAGAAGUGAAGAUAUGGAUCGCGAUCGAAGAGAAAAGGAAUAUAAUGAGGGUGAUGAAGGGAAAGAUGAUCAUAGGAGAAGUUUAGCAGAAGGACGAGAUAAUAAUUUUUCAGAUAGAGAGGAUACAAAAAAAAUUCGAAAAACAACAUCUAAUAGAUAUGGAAGAAAUAAUAAAACGGAAAAUCAGAAUAGUUCUAAAAAAACAAAAGAUGAAGAAUAUUCAGUAGAAAGAGAAGGAAGUGGAAGAGAUGAAGAACAUGAUUAUAAAAGUGAGAGAGAAAAUGGAUAUUCAGGAAAUGAUAAAGAUCAAGAUUCUAGAAAUCGAAGUAUUGAGGAAAGCCCAAGUUCUAAUUCAAAAAGAAAACCAAAUAAAAGAAAUACAAACAGAAGAAAUAAUAAAACAUCAGAGGAAUAUUCACCAAAAGAUGAUAGAGAUGUUAUUUAUGAUGAUAAUACAAAUCCUGAUAAGUGA